AUGUCGUCCCGAGCCGAGGAAAGCAACACCGAGUGGCUGAUGGGCGUCAUGUGCACGUUUUACGCGCUCGCCAUCUUCAGCGUCUGCCUGCGCAUGUACACGCGCCUGGUGGUGGUCAAGUCGCCGGGCCUGGACGACUACUUCAUGGUGGCGGCGGCGGCGUGCGCGACCGUCGGCAUGGCGACGCACGGCGUCCAGGCGCAGAACGGACUGGGCAGGCACUUUGAGGCCAUCACGCCGGCGAUGCGUCUGCAGUACGCAAAGUACGGCUUCUUCCAGAGCAUCAUCAACAACACGGGCGGCAUCUCCGUCCUCAAGGUCUCCAUCGCCCUGUCGCUGCUCAAGCUGGGCGGCGGCCACAGGGCCUACACCAACACCCUCUACGGCUUCCUUGCCCUGACGGCCGCCGUCACCAUCUACGCCUGGGGCACCCUCAUCUUCUUCUGCGACCCCGUCCACGGCUACUGGGACAAGAGUAUCAACCCGAGGUGCUACGACGUCAAGCUCUUUGUCAUGUUUGGUCUGAUCCACACCGCCGUCAACAUGUUUACCGACGUCGCCUUUGCCGCCCUGCCCAUCCCGGUCAUCUGGAUGCUGCAGAUGAAGAAGAAGACCAAGAUCUAUCUUUGCAUCGUACUGAGCCUGGGCCUGGUUGCCGUCGUCAUGGGAAUUCUCAAGGCAACAUACCAGAUAAAACACGCCGGCGACCGAGACAGCGCCUUUAUGCAUGGCGUACAGUUCUGGGCCUUCCUCCAACUCAACACGGGAAUCAUAGCCGCCUGCGCCCCGACCCUCAAGCCCCUCCUCGGCCGCGUCCUCCACCUCGGCAGCACCGUCAAGCCCCGAAGCUACGGCAACAGCAGCGGCGCCAUGUACUUUGACAGCAAGGGCAACAACAGGUCCCGAUCCAAGAGGGGCUACAUCAACCAGACCGACAACGACGACACCGCCAUCGAGCUGAGCCGCCACAGCAGGCAGAUGCUCGGCGGAGGCGUCGGCUCGUUCCACGCCGGUGCCGUGGGCGGUGCCGAGGCCCUGAGGCAGCAGCAGCAGCAACAGCAGCAGCAGCACGGGGCGCAGCUGGGUUCGUCGUCGGCUUCCAAGGGGAUGGAUUCGCAGAGUGAGGAGUUCAUCCUGCAAGGAACCGCAGAAGGCGGCAUUCUGAGGACGACAGAAAUCUCGAUACAGCGUUGA